AAGAGAUAUACCUUGAUACUGUGAAAAGAUGUGGUUCAUCACACCGUUCCUUGUUAUCGUGACAGUUCUUGGAAAUCCAGAAGAAAACAUUGGCGUAAAAAAUGCCAAAUUGUUUGAAGGAGACAUGAUUUUAAACACCGCUCAGCGGUUGGCUGCCAUGAAAGGAUUGGAUGUUGAUAAACCAAGAGGAUAUGCGAGAGGUUCAGUCAUGAACAUGCAAUGGCCCGGAGGGGUAAUGAUCUACGAUAUCGAACCGAAGAUAGCUAGGGACACUAACAUGAUGUCCAUUCUCAAUAAAGCCAUUGAACAAUGGACCAGUAAAACUUGCAUACGAUUCCAAAAGCGCCAACGAGAGUAUGGGUACGCCUAUUUCCACAUAGGCAGAGGUUGUUCUUCUGAGGUUGGUUAUCAGAGGAGACUCCAGUACAUUUCGCUUGGUAGGGGUUGUUGGUACGUGGGAACAGCAGCACACGAGAUCGGACAUGCUCUAGGAUUUUACCACGAGCAAUCUCGUCCAGAUCGAGACAACUACGUAACCAUAUACAGACAAAAUAUAAUCCAAGGCAUGGCCUACAACUUCAAUAAGUACGGAAGAGAUACUAUUGACUCAUUGGGUACACCGUAUGAUUACGCAAGUGUGAUGCAUUACGACUCUUAUGCAUUCAGUGCCAAUGGAAGACCAACGAUCUUGCCCAACAAACAAGGGGUGACAAUCGGCCAACGUAAAGGAAUUAGUAGCAUGGAUGCAAAGCAGAUGAACCUUCUGUACAAAUGCCAGGGUGCCGGGGGAAAUAGUGGAAAUGGGGGAACCGGCGAAACUGGCGGUGGCGGAGGAAAUAGCGUUUGUCAAGAUGGUCACAGAAAAUGUCGAUACUGGGCAUCGAUCGGUGAAUGCCAAAAGAAUCCAAACUAUAUGCUAAAGACGUGCUGCAAGAGUUGUGGAGGGUGUAACGACUCGGACAAAAAUUGUGCCUACUGGGCAUCCAUAGGUGAGUGCAAGAAGAACGCUAUUUGGAUGUUGAGCCACUGCAAGAAAAGCUGCCGCAGCUGUUAAACAUGCAGCAUCUCUCUUCACGUUUGAGCAUCUUAAAUAAACAUGAGCUGUUAAAAUUGUUGCAAAGUGUUUAUCAAUGUGUACUUUUUAAAGGUGCAACAUCUGUGAAAGUGCUCCUCUUCGAGGUGUGGUGCGAAAUUAUAGAAACGCGCACAUUGUUGUACAGCGGUAUAGAGGAACUAUGAAACUGACGAUAGAAACAAGUUAGCGGGUGGGUUCGAGCUCAGGCUACUAUCUGGCGGAUGAUAAAUACAAAAUAAAGGAAAAGGCAAAGCCUUUUUUCGAUGAGUCAUUGAUAUUUUUUGGUACCUCUCAACGAGGUCCUACUUAACAUCUAAGACAAGGUGAAAUGAACUAUUUCUUAAUGUUUUUCUUUUUACAAUAUC